UCUAAAAAUAGUUUCACCAUUGGAUGUUAUAAGGUCCAGUUCCAUGGAAAACCCUAGACUAUCUUCAUAUUCCUUUUACGCCUUUAAAUACCAAGACUCGCAUCCGAAGUAGCAUAUCGAUCCUCUACAACACUGGACCGCAAUGGAGUUAGAUCAGACCGAACCAACAACACCUAAUUCCGAUGAUUUCUACCUCAAUCUCUUAAUCGAGUUAUACAGCCUUCUAGUCAAAAGGAGUGAUGGCGAAUUCUAUGCUGUUAUACUCGAGCGAUUGAUGAGCAAAUACAACCAACGUUCAAUUUCUUUGGAAAUGUUGAUUGACGCCUUGAAGGAGAAGGAGGGCAAAAUAGGUGUUGUUGUAGGUGUUGUAACGGAUGAUGAUUUCAUAGUACAUGAUGUCCCAGCAAUGAAAGUUACAGCAUUAUGGUUCACAGAGACAGCACGUGCUGGUGGAGAAUGUCUUACAUUUGAUCAAUUCGUCUCCAGGGAUCCCACUGGAAAGAACAUGGUAUGGGAGGUUAUAAAGUUGAUUAUUAUAUAUUGAGGUACUGAAAUUUGAGAAGGCUUGAGAACAAUAGAGGUUUUAGGGGUUUGUGUGAUUACUUUAUUUACCAUUGAUACUGUUACUUUAGGAACAAUAAAGGUUUUACUUUAUUUACAA